UGUUGGUGGGCUGAGUCCCAAAUAUUAACAAAAGCAUCCCAAAUUCACUCUGUCGUCAUCCCUAAAAUCAAAUACAAUUCCGUGAUGUUAGAAGGCGGAUCCGAGGAAAAACUUGGGCAGGGCGAUUGGCCCUUAUCCUUGUGUACAAGUGAAAGAGGAGAUGGCCACGUAAACUGUAUGUGCGUCAGUCGGCCUACUUCUUACACCCGUUCACUAAUCCAGCGAGGCCUGCUGCUCUAAUGAUUUUGUACUCUUCAACUGCACGCAUAUGCUUCAACAAAUAUGAAACUCCACAGCGGAAAAUUCGAGAGUACGUGCUGAACUGCAUAAAACAAGAAAUGACACAUCCAUUUGGCGUUAAACUGCACCACAGGCUACCAUACGUUGCUGGACUUUAUCAUUGCCUAUCUGCAAUCCCUUUGCCUCCAUUUUCAAGGAGAGUUAGCGGGUACAGAGCGCCCCGCCGAGUGAUAUUAGGGACUGGGGUCUCGAUUUUGUCCCAGCUCAUGAACAUGCAUUCUGGCAGUCUUGUUGCCAAAUCGUUCAUCGCCUCCGCCAGGCAAAAGGGUGCUAUCGAGAAGGUAUUAGACAACGUGGAAUGGCCUGAGCAAUUUCCCUUCAAGGACGAGGAUUUCCUGCGAUUUGACGAGUCGCCAGAUACAUUGUUCUAUGAGUCUCCGCGCUUUGUGACUCAUAUCGAUGAUCCAGCGAUUGCUGCACUCACCAAAUAUUACUCUGAGGUUUUUCCACCGAGUAAUACUCCUGGAGUUGCUCUGCUUGACAUGUGUAGUAGCUGGGUCAGUCAUUAUCCUAAAGGUUAUAAGCAAUCAAGGAUAGCGGGAAUGGGUUUGAAUGAAGAAGAGCUAAAGCAAAAUCCAGUUUUGACUGAGUAUGUUGUGCAAGAUUUGAACGUUGAUCCUAAACUCCCUUUCGAAGACAACACCUUUGAUGUUAUUACGAAUGUGGUUAGUGUUGAUUACCUAACAAAGCCUAUUGACGUUUUCAAAGAGAUGUCCCGGAUACUCAAACCAGGUGGACUUGCUAUUAUAAGCUUCUCCAAUCGCUGCUUCUGGACAAAAGCAAUCUCAAUAUGGACAUCAACGGGCGACGCGGAUCAUGUGAUGAUAGUUGGAGCAUACUUCCAUUAUGCUGGAGGUUUUGAGCCUCCUAAGGCUGUGGAUAUAUCGCCAAACCCUGGCCGCACCGAUCCGAUGUAUGUUGUGUUCUCGAGAAAACCAGCAGCCUGACACUUGAUCAAGAAUUAGUACCCCAGAAACUGGUGAGCUCCUGUGAAAUUUUCUUCGAGGAAGAAAGGGGAGUUCUUGUGCAAAAAGUACUUGUAGAUGUAAAUUUUGGGUGAGGGACGUAGUCAAAAAAUGUAUUGUGAUUCACUUUAAUUUGAACAGCAUUCGGAAAUUUAUUCUGGGCUGAUUGUAUGUUUUCAUGUAACAAGAUUUUGUAAACCAAAUUUUAUUGGGAUGAUUACAUUUAUAUUCCCUAAUCUAUAUUCUAUUUACAUAA